CCGAUUUCUCCUUUCGUUUCUCUUGGACCCAUGGAUUUCUCUGGUUUUUGCAUCUUGUAUGAUCUGACUCAGCUGAGCGGGAAUCUGUUUGAUCCCGAUCAUUUCCCCACUGCAUUCGCCUCUCGUUUGGCGGGAUUUAUAUUUCCUUUCAUUUUUCAUGAAUUACGCGUUAAUUUCGAUUUAAUUGUGAUCUUUCUCAUGUUUGUUUUAAAUGUGUAUGUACUUCUUAAGAUGUAGGGUUUUGGCUUGCAUUAUACUUGCUUUUUAUCUGAUUUGUAUCUUGCUGUCACCGUCUUUGGAUGGGAGCUGAGUUUUCAUUAUUCAUUGCGUCAGGGUUUUAGUGAAUGUUUAAUUAUUGUGUGCCGUUGGAUUUUGAACUUGAAAUUUUACUUCCAUUGUGUUUUUCUUAAGCAGGUUCUUAUAUUUGGGAUUGAGCUUAAACAGUAUGAAUUACCUUCUUGGAGCUUUUAAGCCUGCGUGUAACAUUACAAUUACAUUUGCUGAUGGAAAAAACCGCAAACAGGUUUCUAUAAAGAGGGAAAAUGGUCAAACAAUUAUGGUGCCACUUUUCCAAAGUCAAGAAAAUAUUUCUGGAAAGAUUUCUAUAGAGCCAUCACAGGGGAAAAAAGUUGAACAUAACGGUGUUAAAGUUGAACUUCUUGGUCAGAUAGAGAUGUACUUCGACAGAGGAAAUUUUUAUGACUUUACAUCCCUUGUGCGUGAACUUGAUGUUCCCGGAGAAAUAUAUGAAAGGAAAACAUAUCCAUUUGAAUUUUCCACAGUUGAAAUGCCAUACGAAACAUACAAUGGAGUGAAUGUGCGGCUUAGGUAUGUCCUGAAGGUGACAGUCAGUCGUGGUUAUGCUGGAAGUAUUGUGGAAUACCAGGACUUUGUGGUUCGCAACUAUUCCCCACCUCCUCCAAUUAACAAUAGCAUCAAGAUGGAAGUUGGUAUUGAAGAUUGCCUGCACAUUGAGUUUGAGUACAAUAAAAGCAAGUAUCACUUGAAAGAUGUAAUCAUUGGGAAGAUAUAUUUUCUUCUAGUAAGAAUCAAGAUAAAAAAUAUGGAUCUUGAGAUUAGACGUCGAGAAUCUACAGGAGCAGGGGCCAAUACUCAUGUGGAGACAGAGACACUGGCUAAAUUUGAGUUAAUGGAUGGUGCUCCAGUCAGAGGUGAAUCAAUACCAAUCAGACUGUUUCUUAGCCCUUACGAUCUGACACCAACACAUCGCAACAUUAACAACAAGUUCAGUGUUAAAUAUUUUUUGAAUCUUGUUCUGGUUGAUGAAGAGGACCGUCGAUAUUUUAAGCAGCAGGAAAUUACAAUAUACAGGUUGCAGGAAACUUCCUGAUUGAGAAUUGGUUCUUCAUCUUGCACAAAGAAAGUGGAAGAUUAGCUGCUUUGUGACACCUUGUAAAGCUUUAACAUUUUGUACGAAAUUGCUGAAGUGGAGGUAAUAUUCAGAAGGUUUACAGUGGCAUUUGUAUACUUGCUUUUUGCAGCUUCAUUUCGACAUUCUUGCAAUAAUAUACAUGACUCGUGUGGGGAUAAAACUUUAAAGGACUUCAAUUCAGGUUCCUAUGUGAAGCUACUUAUGUGAUGUCUGUCUCUUCGUAUUAAGUCGUUAUGGCUUACAGUUGAGGGCAAACAUCCGUCCUUGGUUUUGGUUCACUUCUUAUUUGCAGUCUUUCCAGGAAAUGCCAUUGAUAAAUGCUUCUAUCGUUCUAUGCAGUUUGCUUACUAGUUUUGCCUCAAA